GGCCCGGCCCCGGCCGCUGCCGUUGCCGCGGCGCCGUCGCCGUGGCAACCGCGGGGACGCGCUCUCGCCGUUAAAGCGCAGGGCGCAGGCGCGCGGCCGGGGCAGGCGCCGUGCGGGUCAGAUGGCGCACCACAAGGCCGCGGACUCCAAGCGGGAGCAGUUCCGCCAGUACUUGGAGAAGUCGGGAGUGCUGGACAUGCUCACCAAGGUGUUGGUAGCCUUAUAUGAAGAGCCAGAGAAACCAGAUAGUGCACUGGAUUUUCUGAAGCAUCAUCUGGGAGCUUCAGCUCCUGAGAAUCCGGAAAUAGAGGCACUUCGCUUGGAAGUGGCAGAGAUGAAAGAAAAAUAUGAAGCUGUGCUGGAAGAAAAUAAAAAACUGAAAACCAAGCUGGCUCAGUAUGAACCACCUCAAGAUGAGAAGCAUGGCGAAUAACAGUAGUUUUUUCUUUUAUUGCCUUGACUUAAUAAAGGGCUUCCUGAGAAA